CAAUACCCACCCGCGAAGCCCUUACUGAAGCACGCAAAAGAAGCAACCCAUCCAGCAUUGCGCUUGGGCGCACCCAUACUUGUCAUCAUGCAGGCCAUGACCCCCAUUACCCCGUUGGAGCCCGGCGUGGAAAUGUUCGAGAGAGGCAAGACUCAGUCACUCUUCAUGGGGGCCAUCUCCGCGCGAACAUCGCUGGAGCGACCUCUGUCCGUAGUCAGCGACACCUUUACCGAUAUCGAGGACGAUUCGAGCGAAUUCGAAGAAUUCAGUUUGGGGUCUUCUAGCGACAAUCGCCGAAGCCAGACUACCAUCUCGACUUUCGAAGAAGUUCAGACCCCCAGGGACGAAGUGAGACCUCAAUUCGCCGAAUGGUACUUGCCAAAGCCUGUGCAAGGGCCCAGGGGGCCCCAUCUGUUUCGUUUUUCCCAGUCCUCAAACGACUUCCAGUUCGAUACUGCCCUGCAGAUGUCCCCGCUGUUCCCCAAGGAGCCUCCAUUCCGCCUCCAGACUUCUUUCCGGGAAGACACUCCAGAGACCAUUGUUCCCCGCCACGAAUACAACAAUAUCGCUUCUGCUGUCGCCCACCUCGAUAAUGCAGAAGUUCGUGCUUGGACAUCGUCUCAGGUCGCCAUCUGGAUGCGUCAGAACGGCUUCGAGAGCGAUGUCAUUGAGCGCUUUCAAGCUCACGACAUCACCGGUGCCGUAUUGUUGGACCUGCAAUUCGACGACCUGAAGGAACUGGAAAUCGUAUCGUUUGGGAAGCGACAUCAGCUGUGGAACCAAAUCGAUUCUCUUCGCACUGCAGAUGGUCUCAUCUCCCCAGUUGCACCAGCCCCAACUCCAUUCGCGGAUAUCGACCGGCCCUGCACCGAGGCAAGACAGCGAUCCAAGAGCAAAAACAGGGAACGCCGUCACCGUGACAAAUCGAGGGGUGCUGACUGUGAAGUCGAUGAUGCAAAGACACCCAUCACGCCAGGAGGCGGCCGAAAACGAAGGGGCCGCCGUAACCGGAACCCAGCAGACGACAUCAUUACCCCUGCCGAGUCUAUAUCUAUUGUAGCCAUUGAGCAACUUCUUCCAAAGCCACAUAAGUGUGCAAAGGGAGAACGAUGCGCGAAAUGGCGAAAGCAGCAACGACAGCUCACACGACUCCAAGAGGAGCAUGGUCUCCAGCUUGGCUUCCCUAUAUCGCCUGAGAAGGGAGGUCAGAUAUUCAUCGCCGGAGAUCCAGGAAAUGCACAAGUAGCCAACCGAGCCGUAGAGAACGUUCAUCGCCCUACGUCAGAUGCCAUCCCAUCGGUAGUGGCAUCGUCCGAUUUGCUAGGUCCAGGACAACUCCCAGACUUCACUCUCCAAGAGGAUGCACUGCAAAAGCUGGACUUGCGCGAUCCCCAAGAUAAUGUGCGUCAAUUCCUUAGUCUUCAGGGCGUCGAGCAGCCUUACUCGACAGCUACCCCGAUCGAAGCUCCUCCGACCCCUCCAGUGGAGAUGUUUCCCUCUCGGCCAUCUGUCAUGCAACCGUAUGAGCCAUACUAUCAGCACCCAUCGGCCUUCUCCGCAUCUACAUCAUCUGCCCACACUUCGACAACAUUCGAGUCGGCCAACUUCUCGCGACCCAUGCUUCACCCCGCAGAGUUCACACCAGCUCCUCUGCCCAACCUCAAGUCUCUACCAAAACUGAGCAUCCCCCCACCACGCUCCAUGUCGGCUGCCCCUCUCCACACCAACCCACGCAGUGCGACCGCCAGCCCUCAGGUAGCCCCAGACACCGCUUUUUCGCCCUGUCGCACAGCAAGCCCUGGCGGCGUCUACCGAUUCGGUACACCGUUCUCGGAAAUGGACGCUCCAGUUACAGCAGUCCCAUCCGGGCCUGUCUCACGCGACACAAGCCAAUCGGUUCCACCAAACAUGCAAUACCGCGACCCGGUACAGCGAUCUGGAUCGCGCGUGGAUUGGCGCCGCCCAUCGCUACCUCUCCCCGUGCUCAACGAAGACCAGGUCUUCAGCCCAACCGGCCCGUCGGAUGGUGACGACGACACUCUACACGAGACGCAAUUCUCUGGAGACGACAGCCCUCUCUCGGACGACCCCAUCCGGUCUACCACUAUCACGCAGCACAAGGUAGCACCCAAGGGAGGAUUCGUGUACAACAGUGUCAACCACCACGGAUGGAUGAAGAAGCGCCGCACAAAGCUUCUACGUCACGAAUGGCAGGACCAGCAUUUCCGUCUCCAAGGCACAACGCUAGCCAUGCACCCGAACGAACUUCCAUCCUCUUCGGCGCUAUCCACCAUCGACGUCGACGACUAUGCCGUCGCAUGCUCCUCCCUAGCAUCCAACAAGCUCUCCGCCAAGCUUCGUGCUCUCAAGCUGUCCUCGGGUCAGAAGGAGAAGAACGGUGUGCCCAUGGCCUUUGAGUUCCAGCUCGUGCCCACAGCCCCUGGUAAGGGUGACAUCAAGAAGGUUCUUCCCAGCGGCAAAGUGCACCACUUUGCGGUUAAAUCGCGCGACGAGCGCAUUGACUGGAUGCGCGAGCUCAUGCUUGCCAAAGCGUUGCGGGCCAAGAACGAUGGGUACGAGGUUAAUAUCAACGGAACCAAACAGUAAGGACUGUUGAGCGAUCCAGAAUGCUUCUACGAGAUUUCCAAAUUCCUUCCUACAUGGUUUUGUCCAUCUUUGUUGCUCUUUCAUCUCGUUGUCCGCCGUUCCGCAUUCUUGUUACUUGGUUUUUCCUACGAGCGAGCGAGCGAGCGUCUUGCACAUCAUGUUUUUCUUCUUCGUCUCCUCGCUGUCCAAUCUCGUCUAAUUCCCAUCGUUUAUGUUUUUUUCCAUCAAUACCCGGCCCGAGUUCGCUUAUUUACGACAUCAACAUCCCUCGGGAUACCCUGUUAUGACCUUUUUUUUCUUGUUUCCUUUAUACCCUCUAGCGAUUUUCCCACUCUCGUAUUGCUUUUCCGUUCGUCCGUGUUCCUGUUGUUCGAUUCUCUCUCCUCUCACUCUACUACCGUUACAUCACGAGCAUAUAUACGUUUUAUUAUCAAUACCAUCAAAGACUUGGAUUCGAGCGACCGCAAGGUCGUCAAUGGGAAGAGAUAUACACCACUGGGUAAAGGCAGUAUAGGGUUGGAUACGGGUAACGACUAUUUUCUUGUCUUGAUCAUUUUUCCAGUUUCUUUUCUUCUCCUUUCCUUUCCUUGCUUGGAGAGGUGUGCUGCGACGUCGUUGGAGGACGAAAAGGGUAAAGAAGCUGUUGGGAGGAAAUGGGAAAAUUGAAUUUUAUUGAACAGGUACUCCAAAAUAUGAGAACACAGUACGAAGAACAACUCUAGCUAGCUAGAUGAGAAUGAUUGCAAAAAAAUAAACAAAGUACACGCGUAUACUCGUAUCCCAUAAACACGGUGUGGAUUGUCCUCUUAACUUUGCGUUCGAGACUUGAUUCCUACCUCUUCUUCCUUCAAACAAACAAACACACUUACCUCUCUUCAUAACCAGCCUUCCUUCUCUCAUCUAUAUCAGUCACCAACUCAGCGCAAGCCAAAACAAAACAAACCCCUCCCCCCCGUCCGCUCAAACACAAAACGAAUAAACCAACAUCGAGCCCCCAAACCAAUCACCUCACUCAACCCAAACAAACAAACCAAAAAAAAAAAAAUUCGCCGCAAAUUUACCUCCUUUUCUUUUCUUGCUUCUUCCUCUUCUGCACUAAAACAUGAC